UCCCACUAUUUCACGCCAAAACAAAGAUUUCUCUUCUCUCUUUACUCUUUUAGUUCUCUCUCUCUUAAAAAAUCAAAUCUUUGUCCUCUUUCAACGUACUGUCUUCCUUAAAAUAACACCCCCUUUAUUCACCUGAACAAAACAAGCUCAAAAACAAAAAUAUGUCUUCAGAAAUCGGCGACAGACGUCCGGCAAGACUGCCGGCGUCGGUAAACGGAACACGGCCGUCGGAACCAGAGAACUUGCCGUGUCCACGUUGUGAUUCUACAAACACAAAGUUCUGUUACUACAACAACUAUAAUCUUUCUCAGCCUCGUCAUUUCUGUAAGUCUUGUCGCCGGUAUUGGACACGUGGAGGCACCUUACGGAACGUCCCCGUAGGCGGCGGUACAAGGAAGAACUCCUCCCAUAAACGCCCCCGCAUCAACUCCGGUACUGGCGCCGUUCAAGAACAACAGCACGUACAGGCCAACUCGAUUUCCUCAAUGAUGGGUUCGGGUUCCGGGUCCGGUCAUAUAUCCGGUUCGGGUUCGAUGUCGUUGAUGGGUUGUGAGGUGAACUUGAAUGAAUCAGUGCAGGAAGGUGGAAAUGGAACGUCGUCUUUUACUUCGUUGUUGACAGCUCCAGUGGGGGUGGGUGGGUUUGUGCCCUUAGGUGGAUUUGGGCUUGGGCUAGGCGGGUUUGGGCUUGGGAAUCUUGAUUGGCCCAUGGAGCAAGUCAGCGGCGGAGGAAAUGGCGGCGAUGGCGGUGAAAAUUACAAGUGGCAGCUGAGUGGCGGUGAGAUUGAAAACGGCGGCGGCGGCGGCGGCGGCGUAGGUGGUGGUGAUGGUGAUUGUUUUGGGUGGCCUGAUCUUGCUAUUUCAGCACCAGGGACAAGUCUUAAAUGAAGUAGAAAUAAUUACUAUAUUAUAUACUUUAAUAGUUUCAUGGAAGAAAUCGAAAAAAAGGUGUUUGUUUUUUAUGUUUUUUUUUCUCUUUAUUAAAAAUGGUCUGUCUUUUUGCAAGUUUUUGGGGUGCAUGGAUUGGUUUGGCUGUAGGCAAAGCUAUUUUUGCUUGGUGGGCAAGUGUUUUUUUUUUUUUUUUUAGACUUUUUUGUUGUUGUUUGUAAAUGUAUUUGGGGGUCUUCCUUUUUCUUUUUGACAGAAAUAGGUCCCAACUAAUUUCAUGAAAUGAACAAUACAUUUUC